CCUGUGGCUGCUUGUGUUUGUUGCCCUCAUCAAUGGGCCAUCAACGUCACCGCAUCAACCUCGAUGGCGACAAGUUGAACCCUCGGUUCCACUUGGCACCGAACACGUACCAUCCCAUGGUAAGCCAGCUAGGUUGGGUAAGUUAGGAUCUUUUCUCAAAGAUCCAGUCUCUAAAUUUUCCCGACAAGGGACAUGGGAACACUCUCAGAUACCCAUAGCGGUAAAUAGAAGCAAGAGGAAGAAACCUAAGGGGCUGCGACUGUACCACAUUUCCAAACAUAUUCUCGGAAUGAGUUGACCCGAUGACGGCUGGGCUAAUCUGCAGCACUACUGACGGCCAGUCUACAACAUCCCAAGGAUGUGACGAAGAUGCGGAGAAGAAUGAUUCGACUGAUUGUGGUAGCUCAUCGUGUUCCUUGGCUUCCCAAGAUUUGACAGAGAUCCCUUCCUGGUUCUGGCAGCAGCAACAGCUUCUCCCUCACAGGCCCUCGUCUACCUUGACGCAUCUCGAUUUGAGUCGCAAUCGAUUGGCGGAGCUGCCAGCCGCCAUUUUUGCCAGCCUCGGCAAUCUACAAGUUCUCAAUGUCAAUCGAAAUCGACUCCGAGCCAUCCCACCCGACAUUGGCAAGCUCACGCAGCUCCAGGAACUUCAUGCCUUGGCCAAUAAUCUGAGACCCUAUGCACGUUCGUUGCCUCUGAACGAAUUGGCCGCAUUGCCCUGUCUGAGACUAUUGGAUUUGAGGUAUCAUGCCAAAUUAAAAGAGCCGGCUUUAGUAGCACUGCAAGGUGUCUUGGAGGAUCAAGUGGAAAUCAGAAUCACUCUACAACAACAACAACAACAACAACAACCAGCAGCAGCAGAAGAAGAGAAAGAUCAUGCUAGCCACAACAAUACAAAUGGAAAAGAGCAUGCCUGUGAUCGGGAUGCUACCCUUUUGAGGUCCCAGCUGGAACCGCUCAGUACCCCCACUCUGCGCCAGAGACUCAAAGAAACCUUUGGGAUCACCUUAGACGACAACGAUCCACACUCCUUUGACAGAAACAACGUCAUGAACCAUAUGUUGGAAGCAUACCAAAGGCACUGUCCCAACCGUGAAAAGGUACAUUUUCAAGGACGACCUGUCGAUCCACGCAUUCUACAACCAUUGCUCCAAAAACUCCAAGAAUGGGUCCACGAACAGCGGGCCACACCGCGGGAACGACCCAAGAUACGGGCUAGUCACUACAUGAUUCUUCGCUCACCGGAAGAGUUUAGUACGGACCAUUCCACCAAACAACGAUUGGCAGCGGCCAAAUUGCAAAAGCACCAGGCAUUGUGGGAUUUGGCCAAGGCGGCACUAAGUCACGUCGAUCCACACCACCGGUUCACGGCGCUCGCCGUGACACACAACUUUGUGGGAAGUCCCCAUAUUGAUACUCAAAACAUUGGUCCGUUCUAUGGGAUUGCCUUGGGAGAUUUUGACAACGGCACGGGACAGCUUUGUGUCGAAUUAAAUGCCACUCAAGUCGCAUUCAUCGAUACGCACGACAAGUUUGCCAAGGUCGAUGGACGAUUUGUGCACUGGGUGGCACCCUACGAACCGGAUCAAACGAGAUUUUCUCUCAUUUAUUACCAGACCGUAGGCGAUGUAACGCCCCAAACCAAAGCGGUGUUGGACCUGCCGGCGGUGCCACCAAACGAAGAAGAGUAAAAUCUUGGAGCUCCACUCUUGCACAGCGUGAUUGGUGCCGUAACUGUAUAGCUAUCAUACCGUUUCUGCAAGAGUUUUACCUUAUCGGGCAAUCUCAUUGGGGGAAAUUGGUAGAUUUUUGCUGAGGUAAUAACGAUUGGUCUGAACAGCUAGCUAGACGUCAGCGUAAAAGCAGAUGUUGUCAAUAGAGAAGACUAGACUAACUAUUGGA